ACGAACUAAUUACUUAAUCACGUGAUCGAUAUUGGAAGUAGUACAUGCUGGUACUCACAACAUGCCACGUUUAGAAAGCAACAUAUUUCCUUUAUUCGAUUGAUAGUAUUUGAAAUUGCUUAUAAUCCAUCAUAUCCAAAAUCGUGUGCGGUACGAAAACCUGGAAUUUGAAUCACCUUGAUCGUGGAAAAUGGAUCACUUCCUGGAAACAGAUGUUGUUUUCCCUUUCGUGAUGGCUUAAUCUAUCUUGUUGCCAGCAUUUUCCUUAAAUGCCUCAAUAUCUCCCUGUGUUAUUUCCACUGGUAAACACACACGACAGAAGACUUCCGGCGGAGGACUCACUCCCUACAAUAAGUAUGGAGACGCACUACAUUCCCCACGUUCUGGCUGUUUUAAGUUGUUUAUUACUGAAGGUAUCAACGAUGUUGGAAGCAGAAACAGCAUUCGAUUUAUACGUUCAGAAGUUAUGUCGACGUAAUUCAUCUCUCAUUCUUCCUCAUCCACUGGAAUGCCAGCUGUAUUACGACUGUUCCACGAAGUACAACACUCUCCCGCCAAACCUAAACCAACACAUGAGGGAGUGUCCCUUUCCUGACCUCUUCUCCGUCCAGACCCUGCGGUGUGAGGACUAUAGACACGUGACAUGCGCGGGAAGAGCAGAACACAAAACUGCAUGCGAAUACCGGCUUAAUCAGCUAAACGUCUAUCACGUGAUGUGCACGCUGCAAGAUGUUGAAAGUGGAGGGAUUGGACAGGAAGCUGUUUCUCCGGGAAUUAUGGGAUUACUUGAAAAUUCUGCCAUCGGAAAACAUGAUCUAAAGAGCAAUAACUUGAUAAAGCCAAAAGAGUUGACAAACAGUCGGAUAUCUCUAGAUGCACUUAAGAAAGAUUUAUGUAGCAAUAAAACGCCUUGACUUAAUUAGGAUUUAAAUUGAAAAGAAAAAAAAAUUAAAUGAGUGUCCUGAUAGGACAUGACGCGUUGAAUUUAAUCAAUAUUUGGAUUGAUACCAGUGCGCUACCUUUGAAGCAUAGGUAGUUAAGUACAUUGUAGUUUCAAUUAAAUGCUAAUUGAAGAUGCAAA